AUGAUGGCUCCUGUUUUUCCACUGUGUUCUAGAAAACUGCUUUUGCUCUGCUUUGUGGAUGACGUCAAUUUCGAGGCAGAUAUGGUAAAUGCUGUUUCGACAGUGGGCGGGCAAGUUUUAGAUCCACGUUUUGCAGAAAUUGAAGAGGUAUUUAGAGAAAACUUCGCCUUGGGACUUGAAUCGGCCGGAGCAAGUUUUGCUGUGUUCCAUAAGGGGAAAUUAGUAGUUGAUCUAUGGGGAGGCUUAAAAGAUCGAACAUCCAGACAACUAUGGACCAAGGACACUAUGUCAAUACUGUUCUCAACAACAAAGAGUCUGGCCGCCACGAUUCUAGCUAUUGUCAUGGAUCAGGAGCAUAUCUCGUACAGUCAAAAAGUGGCGGAAUUUUGGCCAGAAUUUGCUGGAAACGGCAAGGAACAUAUUACCAUACUUAACGUUGUGCUACAUCAGGCAGGUCUUCCAUAUUCCGAGCAGAUGAUAAAUCGAGAAGAUGUGGUUGAUUGGCGAAAGAUGAGUGCAUAUUUCGAAAAUGCCACCCCUGUGUGGACCCCUGGGACCCAAUCGGGUUAUCAUGCGUUAACAUUUGGAUUUUUAAUAGAUCAAAUUAUACGACGAAUCGAUUCAAAGAAAAGAGGCGUAAAUGAUAUUCUCAAGGAGCUCAUACAAUGUUACGAUAUUCCCAACAUAUCAAUUGGCCUUAAACAUCCGGACGACAACGAUCGCGUUGCGACGCUACAGUAUCCUAGUAAGCUGCAAAUCGAGGCGGAAGGACGACAUAAUCCCGAGGUGUUAAGACGAUGGAAUGCCGGCGACAACGAACACAACAGGCAUCUUUACGAUACCUGGAGAUGGAUAACGACUGAUGAUUACAACUCUCUGGAGAAUCGAAUACUUCCCAUGCCAUCAAAUAUGGGAAUAGGAAAUGCUAGAUCCUUGGCUCAGCUUCAUUCACUCUUGGCUGAGAGGAAAAUUCUUAGCGAUGCUUUCUAUAAACAUUUCGAACAACCUGUGCUGGAGGAUGAAAUGGAUGUGGUCAUCGGCUACGAGGAAAGCAAAGGUUAUGGAUACCAAUUUACUAGAAAUCCUAUGGGUCAAUGGAUUUUUGGUCACUCCGGGUUUGGAGGUCAAAAUGUACGCGUCGACGUGCACAACCGUCUCUCAUACGCGUACGUCUGUAACGGGCUAAAAAUAGCCGAUGCUGAUCUCGUAGAGCCAUGGAAACGUAUGGUUGACAAGAUGUAUUCGCUAUUAUGA